AUGGAAAUAUUGAAUUUAGCCAAAGAAAAAAUAUUUAUCUUAGACGAGACAGGCCUCGAUUUACAUGUUGUACCUAUUUACACCGGGGCACCAUAUAAAAUUACGCAAAUCUUGAAAGUCUUACCAUCUAAGAAUAAAAAUAUAAGUGUAUUAUGUACUAUUGGAGUCGAAGGUGUGAUACAUCUCACCAUUGAAGGACCUUAUAAUAGUCUAUUAUUUCAAGAUUAUAUGACAGAGCUUAUUAAUAUCAUAUCAAGUGAUGCGGUUAUUGUUAUGGACUACAUUAAAGGCCAUUUCAUUGAUAGAGGCCCCGACAGCGAUAUAUCGAAUGCGGACAAAGUUAUAUACGUUCGUGGACAUUUUUUAAAAGAUUCUGACGGCGUUAAUGCAACCCUUAAUAAUACAAUGGUCAACGUUGAUGAAAUCGACAAAAUCAUUCCUAAAAAUGCCGAAAUGUCAAAAAUAUCGAAAAAUGUUGUUGCGAACAAGAAGGUCAAAUUGAACCACGAAUGUGAAUCCGCGAAUGAUGAUCGCGUUAGAUCAGAAAUCGCUAAAUACGAACAAAAAACCGAAAUUAUUCGCGAAUCAACAUCGAAUGGCGACUUCGACGUUAAAACAUCGCAUAAUGAGGACAAUGUUACUACAGUUGAAGUCGAAACAAAAGUUGAUAGGAAUAAAACAUCCUUGAGGACAUCUUGCGAAGAUUCGCUUUUUGAUCCACGCCCGGUCCGAGAUAUUACCAGUAAAAAAUUAAGGGAAAGGAAAGCGAUUAUUAAAUUAAAAAACAGCGAUUUCAAACAAAAUAUAGUUAAAAAGGACAAAUCGAACGAUGUAUAUGAUUGGUGGGCCGAUACUGCUGCCACUCCAUUAAACGGAGUCAUGUUAGAUGACGAAGAUGUCAGCCCCUUCGAUCUUGUAGAUGGCGAUUCGCUCGAAAAUAUAGAGGAGUCUAAAGGGAGUAAAGCGGUUUCGGAUCACGUUAGCAAACGGUCCCGAAAACGAAUGGACGAACAACUCGAGGUAGAUGCAUUCAUAAAACUUUUGCAAAGUGGCGACUCGCAACACGAUCCCGAAAAAAAUGUCGAAAGCGUAGAAAAUUUCGAAAGAUCUCUCCUCGCCCACCCUAACGAUUCCCUUGUGUGGACUCGUUAUAUAGCAUUUUUCGUGAAACUGAAUCAGAUAUCGGACGCUAGGAGUCUCUCUAAAAGGGCCCUCGAAACUAUAUCAUUCAGAGAAGAACAGGAGAGACUCAAUAUAUGGACGGCCAUGUUGAAUCUCGAGCUAAUGGCCGCUGGACCGGAAGCGGACGCUUUUCAAAGUAUUUUGCAAGAAGCUCUCAAGUUUAACGAACCCAAAAAAAUAUACAUGCUUCUCGUCAGGAUUUACGUUCAAAAUAAUUUAAUCCAGAAGGCAGACGAAACGUACAGACGAAUAUUACUUCUAACAGUAGAUUCCAAUGCCAAGCAUAAGAAGGCCUCUGCUAAGAGCCUUGCUAAGGAUCUCGAAAUCUGGACUUCUUACACUGAAUUUUGCGUGAAAGUUCUCAAAAAAGUUCAAUUGGCCCGACAAAUGCUAGAAAGAUCUUUCCAAAUUUUGGAUAAAAGAGAUCAUGUUGAGAUGAUAGUGAAAUUCGCUCUACUCGAAUUUGAUUAUGGACACCCUGAACGGAGUAAAACCAUUUUCAAAAAAGUCCUCCAAAAUUAUCCCAAAAGAACUGACAUUUGGUUCAGGUAUUUGGAUGCUUUUCUCAAGCGUUCUCGGCAUCAAGAAGCUAGACAAGUUUUGGAGGAAAUGUCUACCAUAAAAUUCGAUAAGAAGUCUAGACGUCUAGUGUACAAAAGGAUGGUAGAUUUUGAAGUCAAACAUGGGAAAUUUGAGAAUUUGCAAGUCAUCAAGUCCAAAUUCGCCGACAUAAUUCCAGAGUCAGCUGACGAAUAGAAGCUUUAAAACUGUUUCCUGUAUUUUUACAUGAAGAUAUGUAUAUUUGUAAAUAUAACUCGUGUAACGAUAAUAAAA